UCCCAAUUUUGCUUUUAUGAAGUUUUCAAACUAACAAGACCAACAGCCACGUUCGCACACCAUGGCGGAACCGGAAGUUGUCGACCCCAUAGCCACUGACGCCGCCGUAGAUAUGGCUGUCGAUAGUUCUGAACCCGCCGCCGUUGACUCAGCAUCGAACGGUGAGCCCAACCAGAAGCGGAGUAGGGAGAACCACGAUGACGAAGUAGACGGUAUUUCGAAGAAGCAGAAGGUGGAGGCAGAAGAGGAAAGGGAACAUUUGAACGGAGAGGAUGAAGAAGAGAAGAAACCCUCGGGUCCCGUGAAACUGGGUUUCAUAAAUUUCGCCUCUUCCGUUGAAAUGUUCGAUUACUUCAACAAUCUCCUUCAUACUUGGCCCUCUUAUCUCAAUCUUAACCAGUAUGAACAUGCAAUGUUACUGGAAUUGCUGAAGAAGGGCCAUACAGAGCCCGAUGAAAAGAUUGGUGGGGGAAUCCGAGUUUUCCAAGUCCGCAACCAUCCUAGGUGGAAAAGUAGGUGCUUCUUCCUCAUAAGGGAUGAUGAAUCUGUUGAUGAUUUUAGCUUCCGCAAGUGUGUAGAUCAUAUUCUUCCCUUGCCAGAAGAGAUGCAAGUGAAAGCUGAUGCAAACAGGGCAUUAGGAGGAGGAGCAAAAAAUCACAGAGGAAAGAGUGGUGGUGGGAAAGGUGGGCAUGGCCAUGGGAAAAAAGGAGGAUCUAGACAUUGAGUGCAAUGUGAAUGUUGGUCUUUGUUGUAUUUUAGGAUCUAAAUGUUCUUUGUAUCCUUUACCACCUUAUUUCAUGAUUCCUACAUUAACUGUAUACUUCAGAAUUCAUAUAAAUUACCAGCUUAUUUAAUGAUUCCUAGUUAUAUUUUGCAUAA